AUGUCCGACUUCCAAGGCAAAUUAAAUCUUCAACGAUCAAUUUCCAUGGAAAAUCCAAACGUUUUCUCCGGAAUCGAUAAGACAAUAUCGAUACUUUCAAACUCCACUGCAUCGAGAACAUCAUCUCCCCACCGCCGAUCUUUCCCAAGACACAAUCUUCACGGUUGGAUCAAAUACUCGAUUGCAAAUACAAUACACCCGCGAAGCACUCGAACGCUCCUCCAUAAUCGAAUCCCUCGCAGUCGCAGGUCAAUCCCCAAUUAUAUAUACUGCUCCAUUGAGCAUUACGAGAUCGUCACUUGGCUUCGCACCAUAUCUCCUCGUUAUUCUCUCCGAGCAUUCAGCAGAUCGCUGAGGUUUUGA